AUCAGCUUUCUCUCCAGGCAGUGCAAAUAAUCCCACUCCCAGCCAGAUAAAUCCCUGUAUUUGCACUCCAAACAGCCCAAAUCCUCCCUGGCGUCAUGGCGGAAGUGGACGGAAACACAAUCCUGGCGGAAUCGCUGCGGAAGCAGGGCAUCGAGUACGUCUUCGGGAUCAUUGGGAUUCCCGUGGUGGAGCUGUCGAUGGCCAUGCAGGCGGCCGGGCUGAAGUUCAUCGGGAUGCGCAACGAGCAGUCGGCCUGCUACGCCGCCCAGGCGAUCGGCUACCUCACCGGGAAGCCGGGCGUGUGUCUGGUGGUGUCCGGGCCGGGAUUGCUGCACUGCUGCGGCGGCAUGGCGAACGCCCAAGUGAAUUGCUGGCCGCUGUUGGUCAUCGCGGGCUCCACUUCGGUGGAUCACGAGGGAAUCGGCGGCUUCCAGGAGUGUCCGCAGGUGGAGCUCAGCCGGCCGUACUGCAAAUACGCCGCGCGGCCGCACAACGCCAGCCUGAUUGCGCAGCACGUGGAGAAAGCCGUGCGUCUGGCCACUUUCGGACGUCCGGGAGUUUCUUACCUCGAUUUCCCCGGAAACAUUCUCCAGGCGAAGGUCUCCGCUUCCACCGUGGAUUACUACAGCUGCCCAGAAGUGCCUCUGUGCCAUCCAGAGCCCAAGAGUGUCCAGGAAGCGGCGAAUCUGCUGGCUCUGGCGAAGCGUCCGCUGGUGAUCAUCGGCAAGGGCGCCGCCUAUGCCAGAGCCGAGGAGAGCGUCCGGAAGCUCAUCCAGAACGCCAAUCUGCCCUUCCUGGCCACGCCCAUGGGCAAAGGCGUCGUGCCGGACGCGGCGCCGCAGUGCGUCGCCUCGGCGCGCACGCUGGCGCUGCAGAAAGCCGACGUGAUUCUCCUCCUGGGCGCGCGUCUCAACUGGAUCCUCCACUUCGGGCGGCCGCCGCGCUUCGCUGCCGACGUGAAGGUCAUCCAGGUGGAUCUGUGUCCGGAGGAGCUGCACAACAGCGUGCUGAGUCGCGUGGCUGUGCAGUCGGACGUGCUGCCGUUCGUGCAGGCGCUCUUCAUGCGCCUCGUGCAGAAGAGAUUCACGUUCACGGCGCAGCGGGAGUGGUGGCGCGAGCUGAAGGAUCAGUGCGCCAAGAACCAGAAGACUGUGGCGCAGAUGGCGCAGGACGCCAGCGUGCCGCUGAACUACUACGCCGUCUUCCAUCAUCUUCAGCAGCUGAUUCCCAAGGAUGCGAUCAUCGUGAGCGAGGGCGCCAACACGAUGGACAUCGGCCGAUCCAUGCUGCACAAUUCCCUGGCCAGACACCGCCUGGACGCCGGCACGUUCGGCACAAUGGGCGUCGGGCCGGGAUUCGCCAUCGCGGCGGCGCUCUUCUGUCGCGAUCGCUGUCCGGAGAAGCGCGUGAUCUGCGUGGAGGGCGACUCGGCGUUCGGCUUCUCCGGCAUGGAGAUCGAGACGAUGAUCCGCUACAAACUGCCCAUCGUCAUCGUGAUCGUGAACAACGGCGGAAUCUACAGCGGAUUUGACCAGGAAAGCUACGACACGAUGCGCAGCGACGGAGACUUGACGCAAGUAACGCCUCCUUCUGCCCUGACCGUCGAGACGCACUACGAAAACAUGCUGACGAUGUUCAACCAGAAGGGAUUCUUCGUCCGGGAGAUUCCGGAGCUGCAGAAGGCGGUGAAGGAAUCACUCACGCUCAAGGACAGACCCACAAUCAUCAACGUGAUCAUCAGUCCCAACGCUGGUCGGAAGCAGCAAGCCUUCGGCUGGCUCACGGAGUCCAAGCUGUGAAGCUCAGUCUUCCGGAAAGGCGUAAAAAUAUUGGAAAAUGGGGAAAAAGGUGCAAUUUAGGGGCAUUGGGACAUGGGAAAUAAACAUUUUUAC